CACCAUGUCCACUUCGUCGUCGUCGUCCUCCUGCAGUUCCUCUCAGACCCCUCACCCCCCGCCGCAGAGGAUGCGGCGCAGCGCCGCGGGCUCCCCGCCCGUAGCCGGCGCGAGCGGGAACGGGGCGGGCGGCGGCGGCGGCGGCGGCGGCGUGAGCUGCGCGCCCGGGGCGGGAGCCGGUCGGCUGCUGCAGCCCAUCCGCGCCACAGUUCCCUAUCAGCUCUUGCGGGGCAGCCAGCACAGUCCCACGCGCCCGCCCGCCCCCGCCGCUGGCGCCGCGGCGCUCUGCAGCCUCCCCGGGCCCGGCGCGGCCCACGGCCCCAGCCCGCCCAGCCCGACGCCGCCGCCGGCGCCUGCCACUACCGUCGUCACCCCGGCGGAGCUGGCGCCGCGGGCCAAGGGCCGCCCGAGACGGUCCCCUGAGAGCCAUCGGAGGAGCAGCUCACCUGAGAGACGGAGCCCCGGCUCGCCCGUGUGCAGAGUGGACAGGCCAAAAUCUCAACAGAUUCGCACCUCUAGUACAAUAAGGCGGACCUCUUCUUUGGAUGCGAUAACAGGACCUUACCUCACAGGACAGUGGCCACGGGAUCCUCAUGUUUACUACCCUUCAUGUAUGAAAGAUAAAGCUACUCAGACUCCUAGCUGUUGGGCAGAGGAGGGAGCAGAAAAAAGAUCACAUCAGCGUUCUGCAUCAUGGGGAAGUGCAGAUCAAUUGAAAGAGCAGAUUGCCAAACUGAGACAGCAGCUCCAGCGUAGCAAACAGAGUAGUCGUCACAGUAAAGACAAAGAUCGGCAGUCCCCUCUCCAUGGCAGCCAUGUAACAAUCAGUCACACUCAGGCUAUUGGAUCUAGGUCAGUCCCAAUGCCAUUGUCAAAUAUAUCAGUGCCAAAAUCAUCUGUUUCACGUGUGCCCUGCAAUGUAGAAGGCAUAAGUCCUGAAUUAGAAAAGGUAUUCAUUAAAGAAAAUAAUGGGAAAGAAGAAGUGUCCAAGCCUGUGGACAUACCAGAUGGUCGACGAGCUCCACUCCCCGCUCACUACCGGAGCAGUAGUACUCGCAGCAUAGACACUCAGACUCCUUCUGUCCAGGAGCGCAGCAGUAGCUGCAGCAGCCAUUCACCCUGUGUAUCCCCUUUUUGUCCUCCGGAAUCCCAGGAUGGUAGCCCUUGUUCAACAGAAGAUUUGCUCUAUGACCGUGAUAAAGACAGUGGAAGUAGCUCACCGUUACCCAAGUAUGCUUCAUCUCCCAAACCAAACAACAGCUACAUGUUCAAACGAGAGCCCCCAGAGGGAUGUGAGCGAGUGAAGGUCUUUGAGGAAAUGGCGUCUCGUCCACCUGUCUCAGCCCCUCUCUUUUCAUGUCCUGACAAAAACAAGGUUAACUUCAUCCCAACUGGAUCAGCUUUCUGUCCUGUAAAACUUCUAGGCCCUCUCUUACCUGCCUCUGAGCUGAUGCUCAAGAACUCUCCUAACUCUGCCCAGAGUUCUGCCUUGGCAACUCUGACCAUGGAGCAGCUUUCGUCCCGGGUUUCCUUCUCAUCUCUUUCCGAUGACACCAGCACAGUUGGCUCCCUGGAGGCUUCUGCCCAGCAGCCAUCCCAACAGCAGCAGCUUCUGCAGGACAUGCAGACUGAGGAACACAUCUCUGCCCAGAACUAUGUGAUCAUCUAAUGCAAAGGGGAGCUGGCCUCUGCCUACGUUCCAUAGACUGGGAGCAGGAUCUCAGACAUCUAUCUGCAUGAAGUGAUAAGCUUUCCAACCACCACCACCACCAAGAAAUACUUAGCAUCAUAAAAUAGCUCUUCACACUGAUCUUGGCAGGGACGGAACUCCUAUUCAGCAAUUUUUGUGAAAAGCAGUAACACUUGCAAAAUGUUUGUGUCAUUCAGCAUUUUAAGUGGAGACUAUGCAUUUCAUAGUGUGUUUGACAGAUAAGUACUGUGUCCUGUGUUUGUUCCAAAUUUUUCAGUAUAAAUAAGCUCUAUAUCAAAAAGUUGCCUGUCUACAUAGAAAAUGUCUUGCUGUGUCUUGUCCUAUGGAGAAUACUGUACUUCAGGAUUAUGUUUACAAUCAAUCCAGGUGUUUGUUUCUAACUUCUGUAAUACAUAUAAUGCAAAAAAAAAAAAAAAAAAGGCCACAACAGUUGCACAGUGCCCACCCUAUGGCCUAGCUUCAGGUACUUCAGUUGAAGUCUAAACUCAGGUAACUUGGAAUGUAUAUCAUAUCGGGAUAUUAAAUAAUUCACAGCUAAAAAGCUAAAGAGGGAACAUCACUCUUUUGCCUUUCCUUGUUUUAUGCAUUUCCCUUUCCUCAUUACAUUCCACAUUCUUAGAAGAAGUGCAUUCAGCCCUAGUAGAAUGAUAAUCCUGGACAUGAAGAGAACCAGCAAACCUGUGAUAUGUACAUCCCACUCUUGUCAUGUGGUUACUAGUAAAACAACUGUUGCAUUCAAGGUUUCACCAUGUGUAAAUGUGACUUUUUUAAAGGUUCAGAUGUUGCUUAGUUAAUGACUGUUACAAUGUUUCAAAUGAAGUGUUCAGUACUGGACUGUAUAUAAACAUUCCACAUCGUGUGAUGAAAUUUAAGGACAAGAGUGUCUAGGUUUAAUUUCAAAACAAAUGAAGUUUUGCAGGAGUAAGUAAUUAAGGGUUUUUGUUUAUAUUGGCCAUGAGGGUCAUAACUGCUACCAUUUUUAUCUAAAGACAUGUUCAUUUCACCCUUGGAAAUUCCUUAGUUUGCAGGUCAAAAAGUGACACACUUUCACUUACUUUUUCCCUCAGUUUAGGUGCAUGAGUUGCAUUCAUAUAGAAUAUGUGUGUCUGCAGUAUAAGAAAGCAGGUUAUUUGUUGACUUACAAGACCAAUAGAUUGAAGCUAUCUCAUUUAAUCUUCAUGUAAUACAUCAUGAAUAAUUUUGUUAAGACUUUGGAUGUGUGCAGUAGAGCAUAAGCCCAAGUAAAUAGCCUUGAACUUGCAAACUUGACAUAGUUCUCUCAAAGUAUAGAGAGAAGCCUAGAUACUCCUGACUGGUCAGUCGGAGAGCCUGACUUCCACACAUCAUUUUCUGCAACACAGAACAUGCCAAAAAUAAAGGGAAGCCUUUCCAUUUGUAUCCUGUUGCUUUCAGCUCAGCUAAACUCCAGAGUUUUCUCAUCUGCACCUAAAGUGUAUGGCACAAUUUUUUUCUUAAGAGUUACAGGCACAAGGUGCCAUGCCUAUAGUUAAAGGAAUGUUCCAGUUCCCUUCAGUCAUUCCUGUAUUUUCUUUGUUUUUUCUCUUUUUUUAAGGAAGUUGGAGAAGGAUAAGUUGAUAAGAAAGCAAGACCAUUUUAAGAAAUGCUAAAUGUAUGUAUGUGUGUAUGUGUGUGUGUGUAUGCGCGCGCGCAUGCACACUGUUAUUUUGUCAUGAUCUCAAUUCUUUCCACCAAAGUUUGUGAUAAUAUUCUCUCCUAAAGGUGCAUUCCAGCUCCUUUAAAUUAGUCAGUGUUAUAUCAUAGGAGGCUGUCAUGGAGAAAAGGACUCAGUUUACUUUUACCAUUUUCACAGGGGAACCUUUUAAAACAAUCUUUUCAGCAGCAGACACCUUUAACCCUAAUAAUCUCAGGCCUUGAUGAAAAUAUAUUUUGUAGAUUAUGGUUAAAGGGAGAAAAUUACUAGUUCUGUAAGAUAAAUAUGAGCUCCAUUUAACUUCUGAUAUCUGGUUUAGCAUUACAUGAUGUGUUGAUCUUAUGCUCUACUUUUGUCUAAGAUGCAGUAGUAUCAUUGUCAAUUUCAGAACGAUAGACGGAAUAUGUUUUUAUGGUGAUGAAAUCUGAUGUAUUAUAUUUAUAGUGAUGUGCUUUUAUUUUCUCAUGAGAAACUGAAUAUUAAUUGUGUUGUAAAUUUGUUCUUAGCAUAUAUUAAAGUUUUGAACCAAAUGUGGUAAAGCUUUUAUGCUUUGCCGUGUAAAUUUCUCAGAAGUUGUUGAGCUCAAAUGUAUCCUACAUCCAGCUGUAGAAAUUUGUCAGAAAUUGUUUAAAUUUUGUAUAUAGUUGUACUGUUUAAUUUUAGCCACUGCGCUGAACAGUAUUUGAGUUAUAUGAUAUGGCUUUACACGAGGAAAUGUGUGGCUUCUGUUUUGUAUUUUUUUCAGCAUAGAAGUUCUUGUGUCUUAUUUAAAUAAAGUUAUUAGUAAAACUGGA